GGAAGCUGGGGUGAAUGUUUGUGCAGAUCCCCGGUGAUGGGGCUGGCACGGGGAGCUCCCGUCGGAACCGAGAAUUCUCCGGGAUGUGGAGGGCAGAACUCCUGAAAAAUCCAUCUCCUGCCCAUCCCGAGCCAGCAUGACUCAUGAAAUCCACACAGCCGGGGCUGGAACCUCGCGCUCGGGUUGGGAUGGGGCCGAUUCCGCGGGAGCUGAGCCGCGGCUGUCCCGCUGCUCCCCGCAGGGCGCUCCGGUCCCUCCGCUCCGCGCCGGGCUCUCCAUGCGAGCCGAGCCCCGAUGGCCGCGCUCCCGAGCGCCGCGGUCAAGCGCAAGCCAGAGGAUGCGGGAUCAGCAUCGGGAUCGGGAUCGGGAUCAUCCAGCGGCGCCACCUCGGACGACGAGAUCGCCACGAGCGACAGCGGCGACAGCUGCGACAGCGGCGGCAGCACCGGCAGCGCCGCGCCUCCGUCCAUCCUGCGGCGCUCCCGCGCGCGCCGGGGCGGGAAGCGCGUGCGCUUCGCCCAGGUCACCGUCUACUACUUCGCCCGGCGCCAGGGCUUCACCUGCGUGCCCAGCGCCGGGGGCAGCUCCCUGGGCAUGGCCCCGCGGCACCACCGUGCCCGCAGGUACAGCCUCAGCCAGUUCGCUCACCUGCGCCAGGUGAGCCACCGGCAGCACCUGCGGCAGCACCUGCGCAGGGAGAAACUGCGCGCCAGGAGGAGAGAGCUGACCCAGAACGGGACGGUGCCGUCGGCCGAGGCCGCGGGGCUCACCUUGGCCGACGUGUCCGACGACGACCUGGAUGUGGGGCAGGUGGAGGUGGGCGAUUAUUUCUACCUGCAGCCGCUGCCCACCAAGCGGCGCCGGGCGCUGCUGCGCGCCUCGGGCGUGCGCAGGAUCGACGCCGAGGAGCGGCAGGAGCUGCGGGCGCUGCGCCUGUCCCGCGAGCAGUGCGGCUGCCUGUGCCGCCUGACCUGCGAGCCGCGCACCUGCGCCUGCAGCCAGGCCGGCAUCCAGUGCCAGGUGGAUCGCACGUCGUUCCCGUGCGGCUGCUCCCGGGACGGCUGCGGGAACGUGGCCGGGCGCAUCGAGUUCAACCCCCUGCGCGUCCGCACCCACUUCCUGCACACCCUGAUGAAGCUGGAGCUGGAGAACCGGCGGGAGGAGGAGGAGGAGGAGGAAGGAGCCGCUGCCCUCCCUGGCCCCAGCUGGCCGCCCCCGCAGCCCCCCGAGACUCAGGACUUCCAGGAGUACCUGGCGGAGAACGAGCGGGCGGUGCUGCACCUGCAGACGGCCGAGGAGCUGGAGAGGCUGAAGGCUGAGGAAGACUCUGGAAGCGGCUCUGGGGGAGAAGGGGGCGGGGUCUGCGUGCUGGGGGAGCACCUGGAUGACACCUGGCAGGUGAAAGCUCCCCCGUGCCCCGGGCUCACCUCCACCAUCCUGAUCCCAGCCCAGUUCCCGCUGGAAUCUCCUGUCCUGUGCUACCCCCCGGGGCAGCCGGCCCAGGUGGGCUCCCAGCCUUACCUGCCCGAUGCACCUGGGCUCUACUGCCAGCUGGAGCCACGGGCAGGUGCCAAGGGUGGCAGUGGCCACGUGGAGCAUCCAGCUCCAGCUUCCAGCCCCCCUGAGAAAGAGCUGGGGGUCCCACCUGUCCCUGCUGCUGUGAGCAAGGGAGGAGCGCCCCAAAAUCUCCCAGAGCACCUGGAGCACCCCCAUCUGCCCAUAUGAGUGGCCUCAGGCCCUCUGGCUCCAUUAUUUAUUCCAUGGAUUGAUUAUUUAAUUGGUGGGGGCUGCUCUGGAUAGAGGAGUCACCUGGCCCACGGCCAGGAGUCCUUCACUCACCUGGUAGGGGUCACCUGUGCCAGGACUCACCUGGGCUGCAGCCUCUCGGAUCCUUCCUGUUCUCCAUCCCACGUGGCAGAGAUCACCUGUGCCAGGACUCACCUGAGCUGGAGCCUCCUGGAUCCCAUGGCAGCUCUGUCCCCCCUGGCUGCCUCCACUUUCCUUGUUUUUAAGGGAAAAGUCCUUUUUCCCUCAUUCCUGAUUGUUUAAUGAAUGUCUCACCUGGGCUGCCUCCCAUCCCACCUCAUCCAGGUGAUGCUCCCACUCACCUGCAGCUGGGAUGGAUUGGGAAACACCUGGAACUGGCACAAGAGACCCAAGACUGGAAUUCCCAAACUCACCUGGAACAUUCUGGGGGGUUGAGCCAACUUCACCUCCUCGUUGGCUCCUCCAUCACCUGGAAGUGAUCACCUGUACCUGUGGGAACCUUCUGGGAUAUUCAUCCCGUGCUGGGAGGUGCCUCCAGCAGCUGCUGAGGGGUUGGAGCUGCCCCUCCAAGGAGCAGGAUUUAGGAUGUGCAGGAGUGUCCCUGUCCCUACCUGUGAUCCUGGCCCACUGCAGGUGGGCUCUGUGCAUCCAGGUGGUGCUGGAGCAAUUCCUGGUCCUGCAGGACCAGAGCCCUGCAGGUGUGCACAGGUGUCCCUGUUACCCCAUGGGUGCAAUGUCACCUGGGCCUGGAGCUCUCAGCUGGCUCCUUGCCCAUCCCAGGUGAGCUCCAUCCAUCCAUGCAGGUGACCCUCACCUGGCUGUGUUUCCCAAAGAACUGUUCCUGCCAUUCCAGCCCUCAGGAUCCAUCCCACAGAGCCCUGCAGGUGUCCAGCUCCUGCUGCUCCUGGUGAACCCAACUUCCCAGAGCACCUGGAACUCCCUGUGCUGCUCCUCAGGUGCUUCCUGCUCACCUGUGCUCCUUCUGGCUCCGGGCUCUCCACUGGCAUCAAACUGGUCAGACUGGGAUGGAUUCAGGUUCUCCAGACUCACCUGGUCCCUCCUGCCCUUCCUUGGACUGGGAUUCAUGGAAAACCCACCUGUGCUGUGGACCUUCCUGCAGCCCUGGCGUCUGUCUUGGGGUGAAACUUCUCAUUUCUGGGGCUUUUCCCUCUUUUUUUUGGCUUCAGCCAGGUGAGGUCGACCUGGCCCAGCGGCGAUUCCAGCCUGGGAAGAGGCAGGAGGG